AUGUCUGUUUUUUCAUAUCGCGAGAUUCCGAUCUUUACGAAGACGUCGUCGAAGAACUACUACCACAACAACCACCACUACAACCACCACAACUACGGCCGCACCAGGGCGAAAAUAACCAUGUCAAUAGUAUUGUUUUUGAGUGACAAUUGUUUGGGCAAUUUUUUGGACGAGAAUAACGACAAUCGAUUGUACGAAACGAAAGGAAAUGUCAUAAAGAAUCUAGAAUUUGAUGCAAUGAGUGACGCCGUCGUCGAAGAACUACCACAACAACAACGACGACUGUGGCCCCGGCCGGUGCCGCCCGUAGAGGAUAACCGUAUAAUACUGUAUUUAAACUCCAAUUGUUUGGGGAAUUUAUUGGACGAGAAUAAUGACAAUGAGUUGUUUGUAACAAAAAGAGGUGUUAUAAAGGAUCUCGAAUUGAAUGCAUUGAGUGGUCAACUCGAGGACCAAAAGUGCUUUUUCUUUAUCCGCCGAUUCAUUAGACGGAGAGGUAUUCGGCGAAGAAGGAGAAGGAGAAGGACUACAACACCCGCGACAACAACGGCUGCACCGGAAGGCGCUCCGGCCCGCAGAAAGAAAAAACAGAAACGACCCACGAAGGCGUCGACCACGAAGAAGGAGACGGAGAAGGACUACAUCCCAACCGACACAAGCGACAGCGAGUACAUUACGAUCCGAACCAAAAGGCCCGACAACGAUUCCAACGAAGACGACGUCUUCGUCGAGUCAGACCGACACAGGCUAACACUGCCGGCAGGCGAAGACGUCGUCGACUACAAUGAAUUGUGUGUAUUAAUUGUUUUGUGCGCUCUUCUGGUGGUGUCGACCGUCUGUUACGGCGCCGCCAUUCAGUCCGAUGUCGUUCCCGAAGGAGAUCUGGGAGUGAAUGAGAUCCAGAAGGACCAGGAAUGCGGUGGCGGUGGAGGGGGUACUGGUGGUGAUGGCGGCACUGAUGGCGGCACUGGAGGUGGAACUCAAAACAGUCAGGGAAGACGGGGUGGUCGUGGAGGUAGUGGUGGUAGUGGUGGUCGUGCGAAAAAUAACUAA